GCUCGGCUCUCCUCAUUUCCGUGUUGUGUGUGUCAGCAGCAGAGAGAGGCGGAACACCAGGGACGAAAACAACCAAAAAAUAACACAGGAUGAAGAACAAAGUCAGCAGCACUCAAGUGAGUGUAAAGAGGCGGUCCUGGUCUUGGCAGCAGUACCUGAACAAACAAAAAAAUGAAGCUGCUCCUCUGUCACAGUUUACACAGGCCCAGUGUGUUCCCAGUAGGAGGACUGGUUUUAAAGUUGGGAUGAAGCUGGAGGGCAUUGACCCACUGCACCCGUCUAUGUUCUGUGUGCUGACAGUCGCUGAGGUGAUUGGCUGUCGCCUCCGUCUCCACAUCGAUGGGUACUCUGAGUGCUAUGACUUCUGGGUAAACUCUGACUCAGCAGACAUCAGACGGCAAGGCUGGUGUAAAGACAACAAUCACAAGCUCCACCCACCCAAAGGCCACAGUGAGACAGAUUUUGAUUGGCAGCAUUACCUUCAGUCCACAGGCUCUCAUGCUGCUCCUCCAACCCUGUUUACUUGUCGCACUGCAAGCUGUGGCUUCAGUGUGGGGAUGAAGUUGGAGGCGGUCGACAGGAAGAACCCUGGACUCGUCUGCGUCGCCUCCCUCACUGAUGUCAUCGAUGACCACUUCCUGGUUCACUUCGACAACUGGGAUGACACGUAUGACUACUGGUGUGACAGCAGCAGUCCGUACAUCCAUCCUGUGGGCUGGUGUGAAGAACAGGGACGACCUCUCACCGCUCCUCAGGGACACCUCAACCCAGAGAACUUCCUGUGGGAGGAAUACCUUCAACAAACUGGUUCCACAGCUGCUCCCAGUUCAGCCUUCACAAUGAGAGCGCCACACGGUUUCCAGAGGAACCAGAAACUGGAGGUGGUCGACAGGAGGAACCCCAUGUUGAUCCGCGUCGCCACGGUAACAGAUACAGAAGACUACAGGAUAAAGGUUCAUUAUGACGGCUGGUCGCAGCAGUUUGACAUCUGGAGCGACAGCGACCACUUUGACCUCCAUCCUGUGGGCUGGUGUCAAUGCACAGGACACCCCCUGGAGCCCCCCCAAGGUUCCUCCCCCACGUCUCCUUCUCAGGGUGUCUGUCCCACUCGAGGCUGCAGAGGAGUCGGACACAUUAAAGGAGCCAAAUACAGCGGACACCACAGUGCCUUCGGGUGUCCGUACUCGGACAUUAAUAUGCGUAAGGAGGUGCUGCUUCCUGAUAGGCUGGGAGGAGAGCGAGUCAUCACCCUCGUACCUGUCACCAUGUAUCACCACGGUAACCAGUCAGAAAGGAGUGUCCUGGUGAAGACGGAGGCCAGAGACAAAACUCUGCUGCUUCCUCUAGGGAAGAGGAGGAGACUGACAGACAGACUGUUCCAACCAACCAAAUUCCUCUGUGUGAAACAGGAAGAGGAGGAGCUUCACAUCACUCCAGAAACAGCCGAUGAAGUGGCUGUUUCCAUGGAGACGGCUCACCAUGGUAACGGCGGUGUUGGUUGUGAUGGACUGCGGGCUCUCAGCUCACAUGAUGCCUGUCUCACUGCUCAGUGGGCAGAGUCCCUCCACCAGUCUGUCUUCCUGUCGGCCAUGUCGCCGCAGCCCGGCCGCGACCUGUCUCACUCUCUCUGCUGGGAGCAACACCGCAAACUGCUGCCGGGCAUCUCGGGAGUCCAAGCGGAGACGGUCCACCACUGGAGCGUCCAGCAGGUAUCAGACUUCAUCGAGUCUCUUCCUGGUUGUGAAGAACAAGCCAAACAGUUCAGAGACGAGCAAAUCGAUGGGCGGGCCUUCCUUCUACUUACCCAACGGGACAUCGUCAGGAUCAUGUCAAUCAAACUUGGUCCCGCUCUCAAAAUUUACAACUCCAUCCUGAUGUUCAAACAUGCCGAGAACCGGAGCCAAUCAGACGCCGAGGACCGGAGCCAAUCAGACGCCGAGAACCGGAGCCAAUCAGACGCCGAGGACCGGAGCCAAUCAGACGCCGAGGACCGGAGCCAAUCAGACGCCGAGAACCGGAGCCAAUCAGACGCCGAGGACCGGAGCCAAUCAGACGCCGAGGACCGGAGCCAAUCAGACGCCGAGAACCGGAGCCAAUCAGACGCCGAGGACCGGAGCCAAUCAGACGCCGUGGACCGGAGCCAAUCAGACGCCGAGAACCGGAGCCAAUCAGACGCCGUGGACCGGAGCCAAUCAGACGCCGUGGACCGUAGCCAAUCAGACGCCGAGGACCGUAGCCAAUCAGACGCCGUGGACCACAGCCAAUCAGACGCCGAGGACCGGAGCCAAUCAGACGCCGAGGACCGGAGCCAAUCGCACGCUGAGGACCGGAGCCAAUCAGACGCUGAGGACCGGAGCCAAUCAGACGCUGAGGACCGGAGCCAAUCAGACGCCGUGGACCAGAGCCAAUCGCACGCUGAGGACCGGAGCCAAUCAGACGCUGAGGACCGGAGCCAAUCAGACGCCGUGGACCGGAGCCAAUCAGACGCCGAGGACCGGAGCCAAUCAGACGCUGAGGACCGGAGCCAAUCAGACGGAGCCCAUCAGACGCGUUUAGCGUCAGCAGAAUGAAGAAACACCUGAAAACACAAAGACGUUUACAAUGUUCUUAAAGUUUUCUUAAUUUUUCCACAAAGAAAACCUUGAAUCUCUUUGAACGCAUGAAUGUUGCCAGCUGAUUGUCUGAGACCUUAAAAAAACCACUAAAACACAGGAAGUUGAUUUCUAAUUUAUAUUUCUGAUAAAUAAUUCUGUGAAAACAUAUUUUUGUUAACAACUUCAUAUUACAAGAGACCAGGCUGCAGAAUCAGGUAAACAAAAAUAAAAUAACAUGUUAAUACAUGUGGAUUAAAAAGCCAUUUACUAAAGAAAAAUUUGAAUGUGAGAUUAAUAUGACAAAGAUUCUCAUAUUAAUAAAAACAAUAACGUGUCUCAUGUUAACCUGAAAGGGUCUUAUGUAUGAAUAAAUAAACAAGUGUCUUUAUUAGUUUAUUAUUGCAUAAAAUGUUUAAAUGAUGUAAAGGCUCAUGAUAAUGAGUUAGUUUUAAAAUUACACAGAAAAGUUCUUAAAUUUAUUAAAUUAUGAGAAAAUGUUUGAGAAAGUGUAAUCUGAUCUUUUUAAUAUUAUAAGAUAUUAAGAACGUAAUACUUCUGGCCAUCAGAAGCUCUAGUUUUUAUGAAUCUAGGGGCUCAUGAAUACACGGCUCACAGGUAACGCUCGAUGACAUCAUGCUGUGGCUCCGCCCCCACUAAUGACACUUUAAAGACAGAACAAUAUGACGUCAUUGUCCCCAGAACUCAGGAUUUCACUUCUUAGACUGUUGGAUGCAGGUCUGUCACUUCCUGUCAACAUUCAGAAGCCCCGCCUCCUCUGCUGUGAUUGGUCACUUUGUGAAGGGCGACAACAUCAGCUUUAUAUUUAUAAUUGUAUUCUGUGUAGUAUUAUGAAGAGUAUCUAUUGUAUCUCUAGAUUUCUAUUAUAGAGUUUAUAAAUAUAUAUAUUUGUAUUGUUUCUCUGCCUCAGUCAGUCCUGCUCGGACUCCUCCUCCUUGGUGAUGUCACUGUGAUGUCACACUGCUGCACAUGCUCAGUCUGGUGUGUUCAUGUUUGUUUUCUUUGCUGUUUGUGUCCGUGUUUGAUGAAAUGAAUAAAGUUUCUCUUGAAGCAGA